GGUGGGUGACACAACUGACACCAGGCCAACACAGGCCCCUGUUGGUUGGUGAAUUAUUAUCACUGUCGCACGUCGUCUUGUAAGUAAUAAAACAUCCUACGAGGGUGUCGUCGUCGUCGUCGUACGUCUAUACGUAUACCUAUCCUACGGAAGUACGCCCUAUGAACAACACCACGGUCGUUAUCCUAUAAUCAAACAAUAACGUACAGGAAAGGGCAUUGGUGCGGUUUUUUUUUUAUUUUAUCAUAAUUAUAUAUGUUUUUAACACCGUAUCAUAUAUAAUCCAAGAAAAUAAAACGGGGGAGCACGACGGCGCCCGUGUGCACGCAAUCAUGACGGUGCCGUUGUCGUUGUCGUAUUCUUCAGUUACGCAGAACAACAACAACAACAACAACGAAAACGAAGAGUGUCCUGCAGCACCAUCAUCAGCAGCUGCUGCUUCACCGGGAGUGUGAGCUAUUUGCUUCUGCUACUCCUCUAUUGUUUACUUUUAGUGAUUGUGCGCGCGCGUGUGUGUGUUUAUAUAAAAAGAUUGUGUGCGUGUACGCGCGUGUACUCAUCCCGCGGAUAUCUUAUCUAUAUUUUGGACGGACAAAUGCAAAAGGAAUUACACCCAAAGGAUACAGAGGGAGUAAAUACAUUACCCAAGAGGAUCGGAAGGAAGUAAGAGCCUGGGCACUCCUUUUGAGAAAUGGAAGCCGACUACCAACCUACGCUCAGUCCCGCGAAAGUUUUGACAGUGAACAACGAAGGCGAGGAUCCAUACCCGAGCUUGUCGGAUUUCCACGACUACGAGCCAAACUUGGAGUUCGACGAUACGGAAUUGCAAGCCACGUCCACCACAUCUGUCGAGCUGCUGGAGGAGAAGCUAGACUUGACCGUGGGAGUGAUAGGCUCGGGGAUCGACGGUUACCUGGAGAGCCCGGUGAGCGACGGCACCAUAGAGGAGAACUUCGAGGAGGCCCUGGUCGACGCUCCCGUCAUCGAAACCCCCGACGAUCUGGCGGCGUUGGACAAGGAGCCGUUGGCCGACGAGGAGGACUACAACGACAUAGCGCGGCUGGGUAUAGUCGAGGUGGUGGGCGACGACAGUGCCGGCCGGAAGGUGAUAGUCGUGUCGGCGUGCAAGCUGCCCCCGGUGGGCAAGGAGGCCUUCAAUCACGCCAAGCUCCUGCGCUACCUCACCCACACCCUCGACACCUUCGUCGAGCAGGACUACAGUCUCGUUUACUUCCACCACGGGCUCACCUCGAAGAACAAGCCCCCCCUGUCUUGGCUGUGGCAGGCCUACAAGGCCUUUGACCGCAAGUACAAGAAGAACCUCAAGGCCCUCUACCUCGUGCACCCGACCAACUUCAUCAGGAUAGUCUGGCAGUUGUUCAAGCCGGCCAUAAGCGUUAAAUUCGGUCGGAAAAUGAUGUACGUCAAUUACCUGGACGAGUUGGCGCACUACAUCAAUCUCGAUCAGCUCAUCAUUCCACCGCCAGUCUUGGAACAUGACGAGCACCUGAUGUUGAAGAAUAAGAAAAACCUGCCCACGAGUCCGCCGUCGAGUGCAGUCGCGACUCCAGUUAGCACGACGCAGUUUGGCGCGAGCCUUCAAUUCAUCAAGGAAAAUAACAGAGGAGAUCCCAUACCGCCCAUAGUGCGGCAGUGCGUCGAGUUUCUCGAUACUCCUGACGCACUCGAGACCGAAGGCAUAUUUAGAAGAUCGGCCAACGUUGCUGUUAUUAAAGAGCUACAGAGCAGGUGUAAUCAAGGAUUGCCUGUCAACUUUCAAGGCGACGCGCACAUAGCUGCCGUUCUCUUAAAGACGUUUCUUCGGGAACUAGAGGAGCCGCUAAUGACUUACGACUUGUAUGACGAAAUCACACAAUUUCAAACUUUGUCGAAAGAUGAACGUCCAAGACGGGUCAAAAUUCUGAUUCUUGAAAAAUUACCGGAGGACAAUUAUCACCUCUUGAAAUACAUCGUCCAUUUCUUAUCCAGGGUCAUGGACAGAUGUGAUUUAAACAAAAUGACGUCCAGCAAUCUCGCAGUGGUCUUUGGUCCAAAUCUCGUGAGAGCGCCGCCUUCACGGGGCUUGUCCUUGUCGGCGAUCGGACCGAUCAACCAAUUCGUCGACUACGUGUUCACCGACCAAGAUAAAAUAUUUAUAAUUUAAGGAUUUCUCGUUGAAUUGCCUACAAGAAAGGGCCUAAGCGCGCUCUUACACGAGCCUUCUGUACAGAGUUUCUGGUCUCUGAUGACUUUUCUUGAUACCUCGUACUCUUGGAAUUUUAACAACUUAUACCAAUUUGAUCUACUUAACAGUAGAUUUUUCAAUUAUGUUAUUAAGAUGAAAAAAAAAAAAAAAAAUUCAAUCGUUACAGUAUACUAAAUUCAAUUGCCUAGCAAAGUACGAUUGGGUCAGAAAAAUUAAAUGUUACCACGGAUCAAGAAAAGACUAUCGUGAUCUUAUGAAAAUAAACCCUUCAUUAUACUACGCAACAAUGAUGACGCCUCAAUGAAAGGGUGGUGUAUUGUUGGUACUGUUAUAUUUAUAAAUGUCUUACACCCGUGAUUACUAAUGAUGAAAAAAAAAAAGAUGUAUUAGAUGUUUAUAUUUUGUAAUAACGUUUGUUAAUUUUUAAACUGUUUCCGUUUAACAGAUCUAAUGCUUGCUUUAACACGAUAUUUUUAUCUACUUGCCGUAAAGAGUGAAACGUUUACGAGCAAAUAAAAGUGAAAUAACUUUUGUAAACAAACUAAUUGUGCACAAUGUAGGAUGCCACGAUCGUCGUUUAAUAUAAUGAAAUCAUCUAGUUCACAAUAUAAAUUGAGGCUUAAUACAUCAUGGAGUCUUGGAGGUUUGUAUAUUUACAUGGAAUGAAAUUUACGACCACAUACCAAAGAUAUAAUGAAACGUCACGCGAUUGUAUGUAAAAAGUAGUAUUAUUCAAACUGUGUAAUUAAUUCUUCAUAGGUAUUAUAAGUAUAAUGGAUGAUUCCUCCAGGAUUUUACUAUCGCAAUAGUAAAAUAUAACUGAUCUAUUUUGGAAUUUUUUAUCAAGAAUUUUUUUUUUUUUUUUUUUUCUGCUGCAGUUACAAACACAACAUUCCGUUCUUGUAUUAAAGUUAUACUAUUGCCUUAAUUAAUUUUAUCAAGUCCAGACCCGGAUUGAAACUGUAAAACUACAGUUUAAUCAAUAAUUCGAUUAAUUAACAUUCUGUAAUAUAAAUAAUAAUUUGUAUAUAUAAUUCAACGAUGUAAAAAAAAAAAUUAUAGAUGGUAAGACGUUAAAACUGAUUAAUUAAUUAACAAAGAAAGUACAUGUAUGAAUCACGUCAAGAAAUGUACGAGCACAAGUCACGAGUAACAGACUUCUACAAACAUGAAUUUUAAUAAAUCGUAGACAUCCUAUGAUGAUACUUGAUCGCCAGCAGCAUUUGUCAGUUUCUUAAAAAUACUACAUUCGCAAUAUGAAACACAACAAAAAUCGACACCUAAAUACAAAUUUUUUUUGUAUGCACUCGCUAACGGAGGUGAAUCGAUUCAAUCUGCGAGUUACAUUUCCAGAUUCACUAUAGCCAUUCCUCAUUUUAAAUACAUAAUUGUGUGUGAGCAUAAUAUAUAGAAUUUUUAUUAAAUCUACUGUUUCUUACUUUUACUGCCUGUACGAAAAAAUUUACCACUAGCAUGAUUUAUCAACAUAACUACCGGAAAACCAAAUUA